AAGAGAUAUCGAUUCAAAUCAUUCACCUACAAAAACAAAAAAUGUUGUCAAGGAAGGAAAUAAUAGCCCUGUCAAUUCAGAUUCCGAAUAUGUUGAUGCCAGCGAUCACCAACCGCACCAACCAUACCCACUGGAUAUUCGCGGAUCUAUAUAUGAUGAUAAAUAUGGAGAAUAUGUUAAAAUUACAUUUCAUGUGCAUUUACCAGCAUACAUUGAAAGACACGGUGAACCAGUGAUAGUGGGCAAUUGUAAGGAAUUGGGGAGUUGGGGAACGAUUACAAUUAAAUUGACACAACCAUACAAACGAGAAUAUCCAACUUAUUGGCGAUCACACACGGUUGACAUUAAAUUAGGCAGGUAUGAAAUUAGGUAUAGGUAUGGUAUCUUUAAUCAAGGCACCGUGGAUUAUGAAGGAGAGAGUGAUAGACAAUACCGCAUUUUGGACAUAAGAACAAAUGAUCGAUAUGACAUAUGGCAAAAGAAUAGUCGUUAUAAUAUUUUGGGCCUUAGAGAAUAUGCAUUCACUAAAUGCAUUUAUGAUGCAGUAAAUACUGAAAACCUUAAGGAUAAGGUUAUGCAAUUCCAAUUACUGUUAGAAAAUCAUAAGGAUCGCGACCCACCCGAACUCAUUUUUCAAUUGCCAACAAAUUUUCAUUCUGAUACAUUACUUGAAGCACUCGAAAAUGUUCAGGAAGAUACAUUUACAUCUGAUAUUAAACCAAUAAUGGCCCCAGUUGUCGCAGCUCUAGUUCGUCAUAAUGCCAUUAAAAAGUUUCUUGAUCCAAGAUAUACUUUUGUCGAAGGAUUUAUUGGAGAACGUUAUAAUAAAGAACAAAUAUCACAAUUGUUGAAGGAAUGGCCGAGGUUAGUCAAGCCUUACUUGUAUCAAGUAGAAGAACAUAUUUGCAUCAAAAUUGCAAAGUGGUUGAUUUCUUUAUGCUCAAAUUUGGAGAUUCUUAAUAUAGUGUGGCAUGAUAGCAUUCACCGCAUAUUAAAUAUUGAUGAUGAAAUUGAAACCGAUGUUAGCGCGAGUCUUUAUAGGAUUAGUGCUCAGAACAAUGCCA